AUGACUGAGCAAGAACUGCACAAGCUUCGGGCUAGCCCCGCUGCGUUCCGUGCCAAGUUGAUGAUUGAUGCUGGUGUUGGUCUGUGUCGUUUCAAUGACGUUGUUGAAGACUGGCAACGCCAAGACUUCCUAGCGAUGGAUCGCGCAUGGUUCCGUGCCGUUCACGGCGGCGACGUUGCGCCAAAGUUCAACCGUGCUUGGCUUGGUCGCCCUCGUGGCCAUAGCAAGUCAACUGACCUCGGCAUCAUGGCGUCGUGGGCGUUGAUUGCUUCGCCUCGCCCCCUGCGUGGCAUUGCCGCUGCCGCCGACCGAGAGCAAGCCGCCAUCCUUCGCGAUGCUGUAGACAUACUGACGCGUUGCAACCCGUGGUUGCUCGACUUCCUGGAGGUUCAACGCAACGCCGUUAUCAACCCGCACACCGGCAGUCGCCUUGACAUUCUCAGCAGCGACGCCCCGAGCAGCUAUGGCCUUACUCCUGACUUUGUCAUCGCCGAUGAGGUUACGCACUGGCCGAAAGGCGACAUGUGGGACUCGUUGGUAUCGAGUGCGGCGAAGCGACCCAACUGCCUCAUCAUUUGCAUCACCAACGCGGGCAUCCAUGACACAUGGCAGGCCAACGUCCGGCAGAAGAUCAGCAAAGGCGAAGGCCACGAUAACUGGUACUUCAACGAGUUGGCCGGUCCUCUCGCAUCAUGGAUCACCGAAGCAGCUCUAGCUGAGCAGAAGGCCCUAUUGCCAGGACCAGCAUUUGAACGGCUGUGGUUGAACCAAUGGAGCAGCGGCGGUGGUGACGCUCUUACCCCCGAGACGAUCGACGAGAACUUCGAUCCCAACGCCAAGCCCAUGUCGGGCAAGGAACUCGAUCAGCAGUUCGUUGUCGGUAUUGACCUUGGUCUUAAGCGUGACGCGUCAGCGAUCGUCGUCUUAGCCGUCGAGCCUCACCGUGGCGGCCAUAUCCGCCUCGCCUACACCAAGAUCUACCGCCCCGGUGACGGUGUUGGCGGAAAGGUUGACUUGAUGCGGAUCGAGAACGACCUCAUCGAGAUUGAUCGCAAGUAUCGACCACGCACUUAUGCGUUCGAUCCGUGGCAGGCGGAGUUGAUGGCGCAGCGUUUGGAGUUGUGCCUGGGGAACUGGCGAGACUCGCCCUAUUACAGCACCGGUGACUUGCUCCGAGAGACGCCGCCAACCGCCGAGAACCUUCGCGAGCAAGCAGCACUCACCAUCCAACUCUUCAACGACCGGCGUUUGAAGUUGUACGAGUGCCCCGAGCUUCGCCGCGACCUGAUGAAGCUGCGUGUUGAAGAGAAGUCCUACGGCUAUCGCCUAACUAGUCCCCGCGAUGCUACCGGCCACGGCGACACGUUCUCUGCCUUCGCCCUCGCACUCCCGCACGCCUACAAGAGUAUCCAAAUGUCAAAGCACAACGACGACUUCAUCGCUGCCCACGGCGAGCCGGUCUACAGCGACAAGAAUCAAUGCAAGUAUUUCCCCGACGGAGCCCGAAUCUCUGACGCCAAUUCCAGCAACUUCGCGAUGUAUCACGAGCCGCCCCAGUCGGCAGUGGAUCGGGCGAUCUUCGUCCAGCAGUACUGGAAGCUGCGGAAGGCAUUCGCCGACAAGGCAUUCGCGACGCUGAGGAAUCAACUGACCUACAGCGUCGAAGGAUUGCGCCAGAACAACGGCGGGCGUGUCCCCGUUCCCCCCAGCAUGGAAGAAGUCGAGAAGCUCAAGCAACUCGCGGAGAACUGCCGCGUUGCUAACGCCAGUUUGGCUGACGCGGAGAAGUCGCUAGCCGAAGCCGAAGUUAACGUCAGCCCCGUUCGUGCGGCGCAGGCGGCGUUGGAUCGUGAGCACCUUGAGAAGCACCGUGCGUUUCAAAAUUAUCGCUCCUACGACCUAGAGCAGCAGGAGGCCGACGACGCGAAGGAGUGGCAGGAGCCUAGCUUCGGCCUGCCGCUGCCGAAGAUGCCGCCUAGACCUAUCGAUCGCCUUGUCGGCAAUCGCUCGGCGAAGCCUCAACGGCCUAGCUCGGGUCGCACCGUAGCGAACGGAGUCAGGAUCGCCGAGCUAGAGGGUCGGCCUCACUAUGUCGUCCCCGUGGUGAUGCUCAGCGGCAACGAGCGGGACGGAAUGGUGAUGGCCGGCUCAGGUGGUCCGGUGCUCUAUCCGCCCAGCGAGACGGCGAAGACGGUCCACCUGUGGAACGGAAGGCCCAUCGUCCGGGAUCACCCCGACCUCCACGGUGUCUCAUCGGCCAACAACCCGGAUGCCUACAGCCGCCAACGUAUCGGCGUGGUCUUCAAUGCCCGCAUUGACGGUGGGCGGUUGGUCGCCGAGGCGUGGCUUGAUGUUGAACGGACCAAGGCGGUGGACUCGCGGAUCGUCGAUGCGGUCCUCAACGGGCGAAUCCUGGAAGUCAGCACGGGCCUCUUCCUAGAGCAGACCAUUCGCAACGGGACGGUCGGCGGUCGUGCCUAUCGGGCCGUCGCCAGCAACUAUCGCCCGGACCACUUGGCGAUCCUGCCCGACACGGUUGGGGCCUGCUCGGUCAAGGACGGCUGCGGGCUGCUGCGUGCUGACAUGAAGUUCCAAGUUACCUGCGACGAACACACCCGGACCGAGGACGGCCGCAAGGUGACCUAUGUCUGGGGUCAAGUCAUCGAGAGCGACGUUGACCUCGUCGCCAAGUUUCCCGACGCCUUUGUUCAGGUCGAUGACUUAGCGAUCCCGGACACGCCCCACCUAUCAGCCACCGGACCGACGCAGGGCGACCUUCCUUCCGUCCCGACCUAUGGCGAUGGGGUCAAGCGGCUGCCGGCGGUCGCUCUCGCCGAGCCCGAACCUGAGCCCGAACCCGAGGAGUGA